AUGCCGGCUCCUCUUCCACACCAUAGACACACGGGAAACCCCCUCGUGUCUGCAGGAUCAGAAGACCGCGCGGAUAUCAUCUCCUCCCCGCGCGUCCAGCUCUCCCACGGCGAUGAGGACGCCAUUGCUUCCAUCCACCGCACCCUGACUGAGGCGCCCGAACAUGCCGCCUAUGCAGAACCUCACUCCUCCUUUGACAAGUUCCUCGUAGACGAGCUCCGCGCGGGGAAGAAGCGCUCCAACCUGGGCGUAUGCUUCCGCUCACUUUCUACCUGGGGCGAAGGCAACGACCAUGCAGACGUCAAGACGCUGGGAACCGCCCUCUGGCGCACGCUCACCUUCCAGGACAUCUACGAAUGGACCAUCAAGCCCUGGGCGUCCAAGAAGGAACCGCAGAGCGGGCGGCCGCUCAUUCGCGAUUUUUCCGGCGUCGUACGAAGCGGCGAGAUCAUGCUUGUGCUCGGCCGCCCCGGCGCCGGCUGCUCGACCUUCCUGCGCACCAUCGCAGGCCACCACUCGUCCUUCCUCGGCGUGACCGGCUCCAUCGACUACUCCGGGCUGAGCCUGGACGAAGUCAAGAAGCACUACCGCGGGCAGGUGGCCUACGUGCCCGAGGACGACGUGCACUUCCCCACGCUCAACGUGCGCCAGACGCUCGAGUUCGCCCUGCAGAGCAAAACCCCCAAGCGCUACCAGGAGCGCAUCCCGCGCUACCUCGAGAUCUACGGCCGCGUGUUCGGCAUGUCGCACACCAUGGACACGCUCGUCGGCAACGAGUACAUCCGCGGCGUGUCCGGCGGCGAGCGCAAGCGCAUCUCCAUCAUCGAGUCGCUCGCCACCGACUCGUCCGUCAUGUGCUGGGACAAUUCGACCCGCGGGCUCGACGCCUCGUCCGCCGUCGACUACGCCCGCAGUCUGCGCAUCAUGACCGACACCUGCGGCAAGGCUACUCUCAUGACGCUGUACCAGGCGUCAGAUGCGAUCUACGACCUUGUCGACAAGGUCCUUCUCAUUGACGAGGGGCGCAUGCUCUACCAGGGCCCGGCGAGCGCGGCCAAGGCGUACUUCGAGGAUCUGGGAUACGAAUGCGCCGACAUGCAGACUGUCUCGGACUUCCUGACUAGCAUCACUGUCCCUGAGCGCCGCCGGUUCAAGCCCGGCUGGGAACACCGCGCCCCUAAAGGCCCCGUCGAGCUGGAGCAGGCCUUCCGCCAGAGCAUCGCCUACGAGAACAUCACGCGCAGCAUGGACGAUUACGAAAACCAGCAGCUGGGCAGCCGGCCCGGCACGCUGGGGACCGGCUCGGUAAAUUCUAGCUUGGAGAACUUCAAACAAGCUAUCAAAGAAGACAAGUCGCGCUUUGCGCGCGCCAGCUCGCCAUACACUAUCUCCCUCUUCCGCCAGGUCGUGCUGGCCACGCAGCGGCAGGUGUGGCAGAUCCGCGGCCACAUGAGCCCGCUAUACAUCAAGCUCAUCUCGUGCGUGAUCUACGGCCUGCUGAUCGGGUCCAUGUUCUACAACCAGCCGCAGACGACCGACGGGAUGUACUCGCGCGGUGGUGUGUUGUUCUACUCGUCUAUUUUGCUGGCCUGGCUGCAGAUGUCUGAGCUCGAGGAUACCAUGCAGGGCCGCGACAUUCUCAGCCGGCAGAAGAAGUACGCCUUUGUGAGUCCGACUGCGGUGUGUCUGAGUCGGGUGCUGGUUGAUCUCGUGUUGGCGGCAGUGUUGACUGCGUUGUAUCUGGUGGUGGUGUACUUCCUGGCUGGGUUGAAGUUGGAUGCCGGCGCGUUCUGGAUCAACUUCCUGUUCAUCUACCUCUGCACCAUCUGUCUGACUGCGCUGUUCCGCCUGUUUGCCGCGUUCUCGCCCAACUUUGAGGUCGCGCUACGAUACUGCGGUGUGUCGGUGCUGUUCUGCAUUGUUCUCGGUGGUUACGUCUUGUCGAUUGACCGGCUCAUCAACGAUGUCCCGUGGGUUGGGUGGAUAGCCUAUCUCACCCCCGCGCUCUACACGUUCGAAUCAAUGAUGGCCGCCGAAUUCCACAACGUCGACUUCGCCUGUGCUCCAUCCUCCAUCGUCCCCUCUGGCCCCAACUACACCGACCUGGCAUACCAGACGUGCAACUACGCCGGCAGCCGGCUCGGCAGUGCCGUCGUCAACGGCGACGACUACCUGGCCGUGCAAUAUGGGUUCUCAUUCAGCCACGUGUGGCGCAACUUUGGCAUCCUGAUUCUGUUCACCGUCGUCUACGUCGCGGCGACAUGCUGGCUCAACGAGAUCAUGGAGUGGGAGGCCGACGGCGCCGGCGCGAUCCAGUACAAGAAGACGCGGCGGAGUCGUAAGCCCGCUCGCGAUGAAGAGAGCGGUCGUGUGCAGGCUGUCGCGGAGAGCACUACCGAGAAGGCGUCGGGGCUGACGGGCACCAAGUCUACGUUUACCUGGGACAACCUCGAGCUUGUCGUGCAGGUCGGCAAGGAGGAGCGCAAGCUGCUGAACGGUGUCUGCGGACACUGCCGGCCGGGCACGCUGACGGCGCUGGUGGGCGCGUCUGGCGCUGGGAAAUCGACCUUAUUGACGGCGCUCACGCAACGCCCGUCGUCCGGUAAACUCACCGGCACGAUGUACGUUGACGGGCAACCCAUCGACGCAUCCUUCAACCGCCGCAUCGGCUACUGCCAGCAGAUGGACAUCCACGACGACAGCAGCACGGUCCGCGAGGCGUUCGAGUUCUCCGCGCGCCUGCGCCAGAGCGCCAGCGUGCCGGACGCCGACAAGCUCGCAUACGUCGACACAGUCCUCGCCACCCUCGGCCUGGGUGACCUGCAGCACGCCAUCAUCGGCUCGCUCGACAUCGAGAAGAAGAAGCGCGUCACCAUCGGCGUCGAGCUCUGCGCGAAACCCGAGAUGCUGCUCUUUCUGGACGAGCCGACCAGCGGGCUAGACAGCCAGGGCGCGUCCAACAUCGUCGCGCUGCUGCGCCGGCUCGCCGACCAGGGCCUCGCCGUCCUCUGCACCAUCCACCAAGCCAACCAGGAGCAGUUCGAGGAGUUCGACCGCGUGCUGGCACUGAGCCCUGGCGGCAGCACGUACUACUUCGGCGAGGUCGGCCCGUCCGGCGCGGCCAUCUUCGACUACUUCCGGAAGUACGGGGCCGCCGCGGAGGACGUGACCAACGCCGCGGACUACCUGAUCGAGGUUGUGGUUGGGGGAAUGAAGAGCGAGAAGACGGUCGACUGGGCGGGCGUCUGGCGGGGGUCUGAGGAAGCAGCGCGAGUCAACGCGGAGAUUGCAGGAAUCCGCCAGACGCCUAGCGCCAACGCAUCGAGCACGGUGGCCAUGGCGCCCCUGCACCAGCAGAUCAUCCUCCUGACGCAGCGCACCCUGCGCCAGUACUGGCGCAACCCAGAGUACCCGUACUCGCGGCUCUACGGCGCGUUCCUGCACUCGCUGGUCAACGGCCUGAUGUACCUGCAGAUCGGCAACAGCGCGACAGACCUGCAGUCCAAGGCGUUCUCGUGCUUCCUGGUGCUGAUGCUGGUGCCGGAGUUUAUCAACGCGAUCUCCAUGCGGUUCAUCAUGAACCGCGACAUCUGGACGGCGCGCGAGGGGCCCAGCGGCGUGUACGGGUGGGUUGCGUUCUGCACCGCACAGAUCGUGGCCGAGAUCCCGUAUGCGGUCGUCGGCGCGGUCAUCUUCUACGUGAUCUACUAUUUUAUCGUCGGGCUGCCGCUGGGCUUUGCAGCGGGGUACAGUUUCCUGAUGUUCUUUCUGUUCUUUCUCUUCGCGACGUCGUGGGGACAGUGGAUCGCCGCUUUGAGUGCCGACUCCCUCGUCGCGGCAACCCUCAUGCCAUUCUUCAUCAUCAUGUGCGAGCUCUUCAACGGCAUCCUGCAGCCGCACCAGAACAUGCCCGUCUUCUGGAAAUACACCAUGUACUACAUGACGCCGUUCACGUACUGGAUCGGCGGCGUGCUGACCGCCGUGCUGCGCGGCAUGCCCGUCGUUUGCGACCCCGACGAGCUGACUGUCUUCGAGGCCCCGGAAAACACCACCUGCGGCGCGUACGCAGGCGCCUGGCUGCGCGCCAAGGGGGUGGGAUAUCUGGCGAACCCGGACGAGACGGGGACGUGCGGAUACUGCAAGUACAGCUUUGGGGAUGAUUAUCUGGCUGGGCUGGGAUUGGAUGGGUCGAAGAUUUGGCCGUAUUUUGGGAUUUUUGUGGGCUUUGUGGUGUCGAAUUAUCUUAUGGUGUAUGGGCUGGUGUAUGUGCGGAUGAAGUUUUUGUCGUGA